AUGACUAUUAAAAAUAUCUUCUUAUUUUUAAUAUUGCUCAAAUGCUUAUUUUUAGUGGUAAGCUCAACUCCAACUGACCCAAGAUAUGUACACGCUACUGUUGUGGUCAACAAUAAUUUAUAUGUUAUGGGUGGUUUCUCUAAUGGUCAAUCAUCAAGAGAAUUUUUUUCUCUUGAUUUGUCACAAGCAUUUGAUGCAACAACUCCACAAUGGAAGGAUUUAACUACAACUUCACCAUUGCCAGUAUUAAUAUCAUGGGCUACAGCUAGUUCCAACACUAAUAAUGAUACAAUAUUUUUGUUUGGUGGUUCUAUGGUUGAUACUGCAACUGGUGUUUAUAAUUUUAAAAGUGUAAUUUACACUUUUGAUUUUAAAAGCAAUCAAUGGUUAGCAAACCCACCUGCUUUUCAAGGAGUUCCACCUGAAAGACGUAGAGAAUUUUCAAGUGUUAGUGAUCCGUUGACUGGCAAAUUAUAUAUUCAUGGUGGAGCAAAUGAUAUGAAAGUUACCACUAUUGUUAUAUUUAAAGAUUUCUUUACUCUGGAUGGAAAUACUUUAUCCUGGAAAUCAAUUGGAAAAACUGGUCUAAAUAUGCCACCUCCUAGAAUUGACCAUGCUUCUGUAUUGAUUGAUAAUGGAAUAAUUGUCUUUAUUGGUGGAAGAGAAUCUCUUUCUGGUACUACUGAUACUAUAGCUGCACUUACAUUAUAUGAUACUAAUGCUGAUACUUGGGAUUUAAUGACUAUAGUUGGUGGUCCAGCCGUUGAUCCCCGUACUGGUCAUACAGCUGUAUAUGGUAAAUAA